UCUCCCUGUGCCCAGCAGGUGGAUGCAGACAGGAGUGACAAUGACACCUUUGCAGGCUUGGAUGUGCCGCCGUCCAACCGGCCAGAGCCCUCUCCUCGCCACAGCCCAGCCCGUCCCGAGGCUGCCGGUGUCACCUGGCUGCCACCGCAGGGCCACCAUGCCACCUUCCUGUGACGUUUCCCCACCGCACGAAGCUUCUGGCAGCUUUGGUCGCUGCUUCCUGCCUGUGGCCGGCAGCAGAGGCAGAGCACAGCAGGACAGCGGGGCUGCCUGUCCCCUGCCCGUCCCCUGCCUGUCCCCUGCCCGUCCCCUGCCUGUCCCCUGUCCCCGCAUCACCCGCCACGGACACCGAGCACAGGGUGCUGAGCCUGAGCUUGGGGAGCACAAGGCGAAGGGCACUCCAUGGAUGACGACCGUCCCCUCUUCAGCACCUUCAAGCCCCUCGGCGAGGACAGCACAGCCGGAGCCAAGCCAGCACCCGCCGGCACCCCCAGCCAGCCCCAGGGAGCAGAGCAGCCGCCAGGACGCCCCAGCAGACAUGGCAGGGUCCCUCCCGGGCUCUGGGCAGCCCCAGCAGCGCCGUCCCUGCCGGAGGGGGAGCCGGGGCCGGAGCGGGUGGCCCUGCGAGCCCGCACCAGGCUGUGGUUCGAGCAGACACAAGCCCAGAGGCUGGGGCCCGGGGGGGAGCUGCCCUCGUGGUUCCACGGCUUCAUCAGCCGGAGGGAGGCAGAGGAGCUGCUGCGGGAUCAGCCCCUGGGCUGCUUCCUGGUGCGCUUCAGCGAGAGCACCGUGGGCUUCGUCCUGUCCUACAGGGGCAGGGAUCGCUGCCGGCACUUUGUCCUGGACCAGCUGCCGGACGGGCGCUACGUGAUCCUGGGCGAGCGCAGCGCCCACGCCGAGCUGGCCCAGCUGCUGCGGCACCACGCCACGGCCCCGGUCACGCCGUACCGCGAGUUCCUCACCGUGCCCCUGCCCUGCGCACGGAAAGACGAGCCCCGGGCGCGGACACAGCCCCCGGCUGGCGGCGAUGCUGCGCGCUCCCCACCGAGCCCGGCACCGGCCAGGCUCCCGGAGCACAGCCCCGUGUCCCUGCAGUCCCCCCGAGCCGAGGGCGGCUCCGCCAGGGAGGUAACAGGGCAGGGGGGACGGAGGCACUUCCCAAGGAGGGGAUGGGAGGCGGGGGGAUGCGGUGCCACCCGCUCCCAGCGCUCACCUCCGCCCCGUGCCCCCUCUGCCCCAGGCUCCCGGUGCCCCGCCGUCGCUGCCUGCCAAGAGCAGCUCCCGGGGCGCGGCUCGGGGGCUGCACAGCCCCUCCAGCAGCGCGGCAGCCCCCGAGGCUCCCUACGCCCGGGUGCACAAAGAACCCGCCCGCCCCGAGCCCCCCGAGGCCAAGUACCAGCAGCUCGUGUGUUUCCACGUCUACGCCGAGCCCCGCGAGGAGAUCGAGCCCGGCCCCCCCAAACGCUGCGAGCCGCAGGAGCCCACCCCCAUCCCCCAGGGACCACCCAGCCCCGAGGGACCCAUCCCCGAGGAGCCCAUCCCCUUCUACGCCAUGGCCCGCGGCUGGAGCCCCCGGGGCAGCCCCGAGGAGAACGUCUACUCCGAGGUGGCGCUGGCCCGGCAGGAUGCGCCUGCCCGGCUCCCCACGGGCCCCCAAAACGCCUUCUCCACGCUGCCCCCCAAAGCCCGGCCCCACCGCCGGCUCUUCCGCAGCGUUUCCAGCCAGGACUGCAAGAGGAGGCAGCUCUCGGCGGCUCCCGGCACGGACGGGAAGGGCGCAGGAGCUCCCAGCACGGACACACAGGCUGGCCUGAACGCUGAGCUGGAUGACCCCGUGUACAGCCGGAGCACGGGCAGGGAGCAGCACCCCGCGGCCGAGAACGUGUACGAGCAGCUGCCCGGGGACUGCCCCUGAGCCACCUGCAGGGCUCAGGACAGCCCCUGGCUGCCAGGCAGGAGGAACCGCAGCCUCCAGCUCACCGCAGGAAGCCCUUGGCCCUGGGAGGAGAGCGCCAAGGCUGCUGCUGGCCCCAGCUGGCAAUGCCAGGCUGCUCCGUGGGGAGCUCUUCCAGCUUCCCAACCCUGCUGGACAGCACAGGGGGAGCCUUACCUCACCCCUGAACACAUCCCAAGAGACUUCUGUAAAUAAAAUGAGGGGGAAAAGGCUGUUACAGGAAAAA